AUGGCUCCUCACGACGGUCUCAUCCACCCCAAGGAGUACGACAUCAAAGACAGCAACGUCGAGCUCAUCAGCUCGGACCUAGACCAUAAGGUCAGGUACAACUCAGCCGCAACCGAGCCAGCCUGGAACGACGGGAAGGUAGGCCGGACAGCGGGCCUGUACGUGUGGCGCAUCGAAGAGUUCCAGGUGGUGCCCUGGCCCGAGGAGAAGUACGGCCAGUUCUACAACGGCGACAGCUACAUCGUCUUGUACUCGUACAAGGUGGGCAGCGGGGCCAACGAGAAGCUGUGCCACGACAUCUUCUUCUGGCUGGGUGCCCACACGACCCAGGACGAGGCCGGCACGGCGGCCUACAAGACAGUCGAGCUGGACGAGUUCAUGCACGGGGCGGCCACGCAGCACCGCGAGAUCCAGGACGCCCCCUCGGACGAGUUCCUGUCGCUCUUUCCGCGCCUCACCAUCCUGAAGGGGGGCGUGCGCUCCGGCUUCCGCCACGUCGAGCAGGACGCCCCCAGAGAGGAUGUCACCACGCUGCUCCGCGUCUUCAAGAACCCCGCCUCGUCCUCGGCUGACGGCGUCGUCGUCUACGAGGUUGAGCCCACCUGGCGCAGCCUCGACGACUCCGACGUCUUCGUCCUCGACAAGGGCGACAAGAUCUGGGUCUGGCAGGGCAAGGACUGCAGCCCGAUGGAGAAGGCCAAGGCCGCCCAGGUCGUGCACGACAUGACUCUCGCCAAGCACAUCGACGUCGAGGUGCUCGCCCAGUCCGAGUCACGCUCCGUGCGCGUCGUCGACCUCCUCGGCGGGGAUGAGUCCACCCCUCGAGACGGCUUCUACCAGCCCAGGCCUCUGGGUGGUGGUGCUCAGCAGCAGAAGCAGCAGCAGCAGAACGUCAGCGUCAGGCUGUUCCGUCUCAGCGAUGCUUCAGGACAACUCUCGUUUGAGCUUGCCAAGGAGGGGAGCAACGUGUCCAUGUCUGAUCUGGAUGGUAACGACGUCUUCUUGCUUGACCUGGGCGGGAGGGCUAUCUGGAUUUGGGAGGGUAAGGGUGCUAGUCUUGUCGAGAAGGCUCAGUGGCUGCAUGUUGCGCGGGCGUACGUCCAGUAUAUACAAAGCUCUCAGGAGGAUGCCUAUCUCAUCCCUCUGGCCAAGGUGAACGAGGGCCAUGAGAGCAAGGCUUUCCUCCAGGCUGUUGCUGUUUGA